AAUAUAUAUGAACAUAACCACACUACAAACAUAUAUCAUCACCUCAAUUUCAGCUCUCCAAAACAAGCUGAUAAAAAGAAAAAUGGGGAAUGUAUUUGUCGUGCUAACCCCUUUGGUUCACGGUCUCGUAAAACUAGCAGGAUUAACACCACAAACCAUAGAAAUAGAGCCUGGAACCCAGAUGAAUAUCUGGGUUCCAAAAGAAAUUAUCACAAAACAUGAUGGAAAAACCGUUUACAUACCACCCACCAAGCCUGCGGUUUUACUCCUCCAUUCUUUUGCAUUUGAUGGUAUUCUUACGUGGUUUUUACAAGUUCUCGCCUUGAACAAGGACUAUUCGCUAUACGUUCCAGACUUUUUAUUCUUUGGUGGCUCAAUCACUGAUAAAAAAGAAAGGUCAGCUAGUUUUCAAGCUGCAUUUGUGGCUAAAGGGUUGGAGAAAUUAAAAGUGGAUAAAGUCACAUUGGUUGGGUUAAGUUAUGGAGGGAUGGUUGGGUUCAAGAUGGCUAAAAUGUACCCGCAUUUGGUCAAGUCUAUGGUGAUGUCUGCAACCGUCAUCGAGAUGACUGAAUCCAUUAGUCUUGACGCAUAUAAGCGACUCGAUAUAUCUAGUUGGUCAGAACUUUUAAUUCCUGCAACCUUGGAGGGACUGAAGAAGAUGUUUUCGAUUGGCUUUCAUAAAGUUCCAUGGCUUCCUGAUUUUGUUUAUAGGGACAUUCUUGAGACCAUGUUCUCUAACCGAAAAGAGAAGAAAGAACUAUUGGAAGAAUUGGUUGUUAGUGACAAAGAUGCAAGCUUGGAUACAAACUACUCUCAGAUGAUACAUUUAUUGUGGGGUGACGACGACAAGAUAUUUGAUCUCAACCAUGCUAUGACCAUGAAAAGGCAACUCGGUGACAAGACAACAUUAGAAUGGAUAAAGGAUGCAGGGCACCUAGUACCAUUAGAGAAAUCAUCCGAAUAUAACAAACGUCUAAAGAGUGUUCUUCAACGUAUCACCAAAGAUCAAUGAAUUGAGUCAAAGAAGAUUAAUAACCGGAUUGAAAUGUUGCUUAUUUUUAAUUUAGUUAGUGGGUAAUUAGGCACGUAGACACGCGGGUAAUUUAUACGGAGUCAAUUAAGAAUUUACAAAUAAUAUCUAAUAAUGACUACUAAGUAAUAUAUAUUAAAAAUGUUGUUUGCGUAUAUAACACUUUAUAUUAUGUUCUUUAGUUUUGUGAGUCACAGGAUUUCUGUAUGAAUGUAUGAUUAUUGGAUGCAUGAUUU